GUUUGACUAAUGAGGGUUUUUUCGCAAUAAGAACUUUUUAAAAAAAACCCAGAUGUGAGACAAUUGCAUUAUACUCAAACUAUCUAGGUUUUACAUACAACAACCGUCUUUUCCGGCACUCUUUACACAGAAGAGUACCAAUACGUACUGACCAAGAGCAACUUGUAAUUUGUUGAUCUACUAAACAUUGAUACAAUCAAAGGAAGAAAGAUGGCCGAUAUUCACUUGGAGAUUCAAUGCAAACCAUACUCGAGAUUUUCCUACAUUAACUCUACGUUGGCACCCACAUGCAUCCUGUUUGUAUGCAUUGUCAUCUUGAUAAUAUUCUCCACAUCAAAAGCAAUCCCAUCACCACGACCAGUCGUUUGGGGAACAGAGGCAGCAAUUACUUUCAUCAGCAUGAUUUUCACUUUUGUUAUUUUGUUCCUUGUAAAUCGCAACAAACGCAGAUAUUUGGGAGAAGCAGACAGAGGCAACGUGUCACUAAAUAUAAAGCUCGUUUUUCUCUGGUUAUUCGGACUUACGAGCGUUUUUAAUUCUGGCUUAAAUAUGACCAUCAAUAUUGACUGCUUAAUUCACGGAGGACCACAACCAUUUCCGUUCGAGCAGAUUAUCAGUAUUCUAUGCCAUACUACUGAGAUAUUGUUCUGCAUCGGACAGUUGGGUUUUCUAAGCAUAUAUGGAAAAUAUAGGUUCAAAUCGUCAACUCUAAUUAAUUACAGCUUAUCAUUCAUGGUUAUAGCUCACCUUCUUCGAUGGUGUAGGGAUUUCUUCGACUCGAUAAUUAAGGAGAGUAUGACAUCACCAUACAAUAAAACAAAUGACUGCUUUUUUACUUCUCAUAUCAGUUUCAUACGGGAAAAGUUUCAUCCAUAUAUUGGACAGAUUAUGACAGAAUUCUGUUUGCUAUCUGUUGUCGUAGCCAUUAGAAUGUUUGUUAUGUUUAACAACGUUUCAGGCAAAGAAACACGGCAACCCUCUACACAUCAAGUUGAACCGUCGUCUAUCACUUCUUGGGAGACAUGCCCUAUGCAGCGAUGUUCAACAUCUGUAUUCGUCUCGAUUAUGAGUGGUAUCUUAUUAUCAAUCCCACUCAUGAUAACAAAGUUCUUAAACAACUCGAACGUGCUUGAAUUUUCGAGCAUCUCCAGGGUAAUCAGCAUAACUUAUAACUUGGAGGUUUUACUUCUUCUCUGUUUUGCAUACAUAAGAUUUACGACUCGGUUUCAUGAGACCCGUAAUAGGCAGGCUAUGGAAACAACUCAUCGUCCUGUUCUAAUCUUCGUCACCGCGGGAUCCAUGGCUUACACAACAUUUGGUUGUAUAGCCGGAAUAAUGUCUUCAUAUCAACUUCUUGGCCGUAUUCUUCUUGUGGACAAUAUUUGUCAGUCAGUUGUUAUACUUUUCCAAACUAUGCUUAUACUCCACGUUCAAACAUUUUGUUUGAAAGACGCAUACGUCCAUGUGACUGGAACGAGCGUUCAUAACACAUUUCUUUGUAUCUUUGUCAUGAACACUAUCUAUUGGAUUUUGAGUGCGUUUUCUUUCGGCGAAUCGGACAAUUUAGGGGUCAUUCAGGUUGGAUUGUAUGGCAAGAAGUAUUGGGGAGUAAUACUACAAACAUUGUUUCCCAUUGUUUUGUUCUAUAGAUUUAUCACGUCCAUUGAAAUGUAUGAGCUUUACAGAAAGACCAUCGUCCAUUCUCAACGAGCAAUAUAGACUCCACUGUACUGUAGUGUAUACCAAUAUGUAUACAAGCCAACGUGGACAGUGUUGAACGUGUUAAUGUUUAUACUAAACAAAGUGCACAGUGUUGAACGUGUUAAUGUGUAUACAAUCCAACAUGCCCAGUGUUGAACGUGUUAAUGUGUAUACUAGUCAACGUGCACAGUGUUGAACGUGUUAAUGUGUAUACAAGCCAACGUGCCCAGUGUUGAACGUGUUAAUGUGUAUACUACUCAAUGUGCAGUGUUGAACGUGUUAAAGUGUACACUACUCAAUGUGCACAGUGUUGAACGUGUUAAUGUGUAUACAAGCCAACGUGCCCAGUGUUGAACAUGUUAAUGUGUAUACUAGUCAACGUGCACAGUGUUGAACGUGUUAAUGUGUAUACAAGCCAACGUGCACAGUGUUGAACGUGUUAAUGUGUAUACUACUCAAUGUGCAGUGUUGAACGUGUUAAAGUGUACACUACUCAAUGUGCACAGUGUUGAACGUGUUAAUGUGUAUACAAGCCAACGUGCACAGUGUUGAACAUGUUAAUGUGUAUACUAGUCAACGUGCACAGUGUUGAACGUGUUAAUGUGUAUACAAGCCAACGUGCCCAGUGUUGAACAUGUUAAUGUGUAUACUAGUCAAGUGCACAGUAUUGAACGUGUUAAUGUGUAUACUAGUCAACGUACACAGUGUUGAAAUUGUUAAUGUGUAUACAAGCCAACGUGCCCAGUGUUGAACAUGUUAAUGUGUAUACUAGUCAACGUGCACAGUGUUGAACGUGUUAAUGUGUAUACAAGCCAACGUGCCCAGUGUUGAACAUGUUAAUGUGUAUACUAGUCAAGUGCACAGUAUUGAACGUGUUAAUGUGUAUACAAGCCAACGUGCCCAGUGUUGAACGUGUUAAUGUGUAUACUACUCAAUGCGCAGUGUUGAACGUGUUAAAGUGUACACUACUCAAUGUGCACAGUGUUGAACGUGUUAAUGUGUAUACAAGCCAACGUGCCCAGUGUUGAACAUGUUAAUGUGUAUACUAGUCAACGUGCACAGUGUUGAACGUGUUAAUGUUUAUACAAGCCAACGUGCACAGUGUUGAACGUGUUAAUGUGUAUACUACUCAAUGUGCAGUGUUGAACGUGUUAAAGUGUACACUACUCAAUGUGCACAGUGUUGAACGUGUUAAUGUGUAUACAAGCCAACGUGCACAGUGUUGAACAUGUUAAUGUGUAUACUAGUCAACGUGCACAGUGUUGAACGUGUUAAUGUGUAUACAAGCCAACGUGCCCAGUGUUGAACAUGUUAAUGUGUAUACUAGUCAAGUGCACAGUAUUGAACGUGUUAAUGUGUAUACUAGUCAACGUACACAGUGUUGAAAUUGUUAAUGUGUAUACAAGCCAACGUGUCCAGUGUUGAACAUGUUAAUGUGUAUACUAGUCAACGUGCACAGUGUUGAACGUGUUAAUGUGUAUACAAGCCAACGUGCCCAGUGUUGAACAUGUUAAUGUGUAUACUAGUCAAGUGCACAGUAUUGAACGUGUUAAUGUGUAUACUAGUCAACGUGCACAGUGUUGAACGUGUUAAUGUGUAUACUACUCAAUGCGCAGUGUUGAACGUGUUAAAGUUUAUACUAGUCAACGUGCACAGUGUUGAACGUGUUAAUGUGUAUACAAGCCAACGUGCAGAUUGUUGAACGUGUUAAUGUGUAUACUAGUCAACGUGCACAGUGUUGAACGUGUUAAUGUGUAUACAAGCCAACGUGCACAGUGUUGAACGUGUUAAUGUGUAUACUACUCAAUGUGCAGUGUUGAACGUGUUAAAGUUUAUACUAGUCAACGUGCACAGUGUUGAACGUGUUAAUGUGUAUACUAGUCAACGUGCACAGUGUUGAACGUGUUAAUGUGUAUACUACUCAAUGCGCAGUGUUGAACGUGUUAAAGUGUAUACUAGUCAACGUGCACAGUGUUGAACGUGUUAAUGUUUAUACAAGCCAACGUGCAGAUUGUUGAACGUGUAAAUGUAUAUACUAGUCAACGUGCACAGUGUUGAACGUGUUAAUGUGUAUACAAGCCAACGUGCAGAUUGUUGAACGUGUUAAUGUGUAUACUAGUCAACGUGCACGGUGUUGAACGUGUUAAUGUUUAUACUAGUCAACGUGCACAGUGUUGAACGUGUUAAUGUGUAUACAAACCAACGUGCAGAUUGUUGAUCGUGUUAAUGUGUAUACUAGUCAACGUGCACAGUGUUGAACGUGUUAAUGUGUAUACUACUCAAUGCGCAGUGUUGAACGUGUUAAAGUUUAUACUAGUCAACGUGCACAGUGUUGAACGUAUUAAUGUGUAUACAAGCCAACGUGCACAGUGUUGAACGUGUUAAUGUGUAUACAAGCCAACGUGCACAGUGUUGAACGUGUUAAUGUUUAUACUAGUCAACGUGCACAGUGUUGAACAUGUUAAUGUAUAUACAAGCCAACGUGCACAGUGUUGAACGUGUUAAUGUGUAUACUAGUCAACGUGCACAGUGUUGAACGUGUUAUAGUUUAUACUAGUCAACGUGCACAGUGUUGAACAUGUUAAUGUAUAUACUAGCCAACGUGCACAGUGUUGAACGUGUUAAUGUAUAUACAAGCCAACGUGCACAGUGUUGAACGUGUUAAUGUGUAUACUAGUUAAUGUGCACAGUGUUGAACAUGUUAAUGUAUAUACUAGUCAAGUGCACAGUGUUGAACGUGUUAAUGUUUAUACAUGUACUAGUUAACAUGCACAGUGUUGAAUGUGUUAAUAUCUAUUCUAGUCAAUGAGCACAAUGUUGAACAAUGAAGAUAUUUCGUGAAAUAACAGUGGAAACUAAUCACUUUGCAUAGAUAUGCAGCAAUUGUGUAAUUGGAAUAAUUUUUAAAAUACAUGUCAUUAAAACAUUUUCAAGUU